CUCUCUCUCUCUCUCAAUGGUUAGUCUAUGUAUUCCUAACCUAACCUAACACAGGCUAACUUAACCUAACCUAACCAAACACAACUUAACCUAACCAAACCUACCAUACUACUUGUAGUCCUUCAAGAAUCAAUGUCAAGAUCAAGGAUCAACACAAAGAUCAAGAUCCAUUGGCGCCAAAAGUCGUUUGUGUAUUCUGUGUCUGGUGGAGGGAACAGAGGCGGCGUCCCCGUGGUGCUGUGGUCAGUGGUCAGGUCACGGCGAGUGUGCGGCAGAUUGCGCCUGUGUUUGAGCUGGCCUGGGUCACCUGUGGCCACCUGGUCACCUGUCUACUCUGUGUCUGGUGGAGGGAACAGAGGCGGCGUCCCCGUGGUGCUGUGGUCAGUGGUCAGGUCACGGCGAGUGUGCGGCAGAUUGCGCCUGUGUUUGAGCUGGCCUGGGUCACCUGUGGCCACCUGGUCACCUGUCUACUCUGUGUCUGGUGGAGGGAACAGAGGCGGCGUCCCCGUGGUGCUGUGGUCAGUGGUCAGGGCCCGCCGAGUGUGCGGCAGAUUGCGCCUGUAUUUGAGCUGGCCUGGGUCACCUGUGGCCACCUGGCGGACUGGCGGCGCCUCCCUGGCCUCACCUGAGGGCGUGCAGCAGGACGGCAGUGGCGAGACAGCAAGACCCCACCAGCAAGUCCAUUCUGCCCCAGAGCCCCUCGGGUCAGUGGCCGGCAAGUCCUCCCGUCCAUUCUGCCCCAGAGCCCCUCAGGUCAGUGGCUGGCAAGUCCUCCCGUCCAUUCUGCCCCAGAGUCCCUCAGGUGCCAGGUCGGCGUCCAGCGACGGGACUCCCUCCGUGCAUCCUCGGCUCAGGCCCAGGGUUCCUGCAGGACUGGCCGCACCCAGGAGCAGUGUUCCAAUGGAGGAUGUGACGUCAUGCAGCAGCAGCAGGAACAGCUGGGAGCAGCAGGCGACCCCAGGCGUGAGGACCUACACUUGUGACCACUGCGGCAAAGUGUGCUCCACCAAGGCUGCCAUUGCCAGACACGUCCUCUCCCAUGCCGGCAAGACAAGGCUGAGAGGCAGGAGUGGCCCCACUGAACACACUGCCACCCACACUGGCGGCAGGAACCACAAGUGUGACCACUGCGGGAAGACAUUUGCCCGGAAGAGUCAUCUCUCCUCACACAUCCUCACCCACACUGGGGAGAGAAAGUUCCAGUGCCUGGAGUGUGGGAAAAGAUUUACCAGGAAGGAUUCCCUUGACACACACGUCCUCACCCACACUGGGGAGAGAAAGUUCCAGUGCCUGGAGUGUGGGAAAAGAUUUACCCAGAAAGGCCAUCUUGACGGACACAUCCUCACCCACACUGGGGAGAGAAAGUUCCAGUGCCUGGAGUGUGGGAAAAGAUUUAUCCGGAAAGGCCAUCUUGACACACACAUCCUCACCCACACUGGGGAGAGAAAGUUCCAGUGCCUGGAGUGUGGGAAAAGAUUUACCAGGAAGGAUUCCCUUGACACACACAUCCUCAGCCACACUGGGGAGAGAAAUUUCCAGUGCCUGGAGUGUGGGAAAAGAUUUACCAGGAAGCGUUCUCUUGAUAGACACAUCCUCACCCACACCAGGUCCCCCGAGUGCCCUUGAGGUACAAACAACUGCGGUCAAAGGGAAAGAUUGCCGUCCUGAAGAGAGCCCUCGGAUACACUGGUAACACUACUUAGGGUGUAACUUUAGACCCCAGGCUUGGGGCCAUUGCACUCACCAAACAAUGAAACAAGAUAAUGCAGAAAACAGGGAGAGAAAGUUCCCAGGCCUGCAGUGUGGGAAAAGAUUUGCCCUGGCAAUACCAGUGGUGACUUGUGGGUGUGGUGUGGUGACUGGCCACAACAUUACUGCCACAAACCAGCUGGCAAUACCAGUGGUGACUUGUGGGUGUGGUGUGGUGACUGGCCACAACAUUACUGCCACAAACCAGCUGGCAAUACCAGUGGUGACUUGUGGGUGUGGUGUGGUGACUGGCCAAAAGGUUUAUCCUGCAAUGUAAUGUUGACAAACAUCCUCACCCACACUGUGGUAAGGAAGUACAGGUGUGGUGUUUGUGGCAGUGUUUGUGUAGCAAGAGUGGUGUUGCCAGACACAUCCAAACACACCUGUGGGGGGUGAGGUGUUGUGGAUGUGGUGGUGGUGUGUGAGGGACUUGGAGUGACUAGUGUUUGUGUGUUGUUACUUUGUACUCAAGUGUUGGAAUAAACUUUUGUUGCUAGAA